CCAAAGUUCUAAUUUGACACUACCCUAUAUAAAUGUCUUCUGUAUGUCUCUUCUUAGCCAUCCAAUCAUCAAAACAUGAAAUCUUGCUUCACCAUUCACCUCUCUCUCAUCUUCUUCUUCUUCAAUUUUCUCAGCAUUUGCACUCACAUUACCGAAGCUGCAGCAACUUAUUUAUGGCAUUCCUGCCCAAACACCACCCUCUUCACUCCCAAGUCUACCUACCAAACAAAUCUCAACACCCUCCUCUCUUCCCUCUCCUCCGUUGCCGCCACAGAUGCUGACGGCUUCGCCAAUACCACCACCGGAAAAAACCCACUUGACAGCAGCUACGGGCUAUUCCUCUGCCGUGGCGACAUUACCACCGCCACUUGUGGCGAUUGUGUGGCCAACGCGAGCAAGGAAAUACUCCGCAAAUGCCCUAAAGAGAAAGACUCCAUCAUUUGGUAUGAUGAGUGCAUGCUGCGUUACUCGAACCAAUCCAUUUUCUCCGUCAAGCAAGAAUCACCAUCCUUCAUAUUGAUGAACACGGUCAACAUUUCAAACCCUAGCAGUUUCACCCAGUUGCUGAAGGACACGACUGAUGAAUUAGCAGAGAGGGCGGCGAGCGAUGGGUCCGGGAAGAGGUUUGCUGUCAAGGAUGCUGACAUCACGAGCUCGAAUCGGCUGUACACGCUCGCACAGUGUACGCCGGACUUGACGGCGGCGGAUUGCAAGUCGUGCUUGCAAGCGGCCAUCGAUAAUCUGCCAAGCGAUAAGGAAGGAGGGAGAGUCUUGGCCCCAAGCUGCAAUGUUAGGUUUGAACUUUACAAGUUCUAUAAUGAGACUGUCUUCCACGAAGCACCGGCACCGGCACCGGCACUGGCACUUGCUCCGCCACCUGCAGCGGUUGUAACUGCUCCUCCUCCUUCUUCAACUGUGAGAUCUAAAGGAGCCAUAGAGUUAUGUUUUCUCGUGAACUUUGCGUUCUUUGUAUUGCUCGGGUAGUGUUUUUCUUCCCUUUUUGACGUUGAUGAGAAGCUGGGGUUGUUGAAGUAGAGUUACUUUCCAUUCAGUGUAAUAGUUGACGACGGCAUAAUGAGAAAAAGUUUGUGAGCACCUAAAAGUUCAUGAAUGUGACUCAUUUUAAGGACAAGGUGAGUAGAUGCGAUCCUCCAUGGUAGGAGAGUGUGCUAGAAAUAUACUAAGACUCAUCUAUUAAAUUCAAUAAUGUGCAAAUCUAUGGUUGCUUAAA